CAAUUAGGGAGAAGAGGCGGUCCUGGUUGGCGCAGCGCUCCUUGGGUAGUGUCUCUAGUUACUGUUGCUAAGGCUGCGGCUCACCUGAGGCAGCAGGAGUCAGAAGUUUUGGGAGCCAGGGCCUGAGAGAAGUCAAGCGAGGGUCUAUAGAAGAGCCCGGGGAGAUGGUGAAGCAGACGAUCCAAAUUUUCGCCAGGGUGAAGCCCACUGUCCGGAAGCAGCAACAAGGGAUUUAUUCCAUAGAUGAAGAUGAAAAAUUAACGCCUAGUUUGGAAAUCAUCUUACCUCGUGAUUUGGCAGAUGGAUUUGUGAAUAACAAGCGAGAAAGCUACAAAUUUAAAUUUCAAAGGAUUUUUGAUCAGGAUGCAAAGCAAGAGGCCAUUUUUGAAAACAUUGCCAAACCAGUUGCUGAGAGUGUUCUGGCAGGUUACAAUGGUACCAUCUUUGCAUAUGGACAAACAAGCAGUGGUAAGACAUUCACCAUCACAGGUGGGGCAGAACGCUACAGUGACAGAGGCAUUAUCCCAAGGACGCUGUCAUACAUUUUUGAGCAAUUACAAAAGGACAGCAGCAAAAUAUAUACAACGCACAUUUCCUAUUUGGAAAUCUACAAUGAAUGUGGUUAUGAUCUAUUGGAUCCAAGACAUGAAGCCUCCACUUUGGAAGAUUUGCCGAAAGUGACAGUGUUGGAAGACCCUGAUCAGAAUAUUCACCUGAAAAACCUGUCUCUUCACCAGGCCACCACAGAGGAAGAAGCUCUGAAUCUGCUUUUCUUAGGAGACACCAACAGGAUGAUUGCAGAGACUCCUAUGAACCAAGCUUCAACCCGUUCCCACUGCAUUUUCACCAUUCACUUAUCAAGCAAGGAGCCAGGAUCUGCAACUGUCCGACGUGCCAAACUUCAUUUGGUUGACUUGGCUGGUUCAGAACGAGUUGCGAAGACAGGAGUAGGGGGCCAGCUUCUAACAGAGGCCAAGUACAUCAACUUGUCACUGCAUUACUUAGAACAGGUUAUCGUUGCCCUUUCAGAAAAACACCGUUCACAUAUUCCGUACAGGAACUCCAUGAUGACCAGUGUCCUGAGAGAUAGUCUGGGAGGGAACUGCAUGACAACCAUGAUUGCAACACUCUCUUUAGAGAAAAGGAAUAUCGAUGAGUCUAUAUCUACCUGCAGAUUUGCACAACGAGUGGCACUCAUAAGGAAUGAAGCUGUUCUUAAUGAAGAAAUCGAUCCCAGAUUGAUGAUUCUGCGCCUACAAAAGGAAAUCCAGGAGCUGAAGGAUGAACUGGCCCUUGUUACAGGGGAGCAGAGGACAGAGGCGCUCACAGAAGCCGAGCUCCUUCAGCUGGAAAAACUAAUAACAUCCUUUUUGGAAGACCAGGAUCCAGAGAGUAAACUAGAGGUUGGCGCUGAUAUGCGUAAAAUUCAUCACUGUUUCCAUUAUUUAAAGAAACUACUGACCGACAAGAAGAUCCAUGGACCGAGCAGAGCCCCCUCCUCCAAAGUCAAAGAUCAAGUCAACCAAGGACCAUCCACAGAGGAAGAAUAUAAGAAGCUACGAGAGAUUCUCCAGCAGAGAGAUAAUGAAAUCAAUAUUCUGGUGAAUAUGUUAAAGAAGGAGAAGAAGAAAGCUCAGGAUGCUCUCCAUUCCUCCAGCAUGGACAGAGGUGAGCCAAGACGCUCCCAGAGCUCACCCUUCCCACCUGGGAACCCGGAAGGUCUGAGGACAUUGCCACUCUCAACUCCCACUCAGGCCCAGGACUCGAGCGUUAUUCAGUACAGAUCCAGUUUGCUCCACAGAAAAACAGGAGUGAGAGAGGAAAUGUCGUUAGGACGCCAGGAAGCUUUUGAAAUUUUCAAGAGAGACCACGCUGACAGCGUUACCAUUGAAGACAACAAACAGAUUCUGAAGCAGAGAUUUUCUGAAGCAAAGGCCCUGGGAGAAAGCAUAAAUGAAGCAAGAAGUAAAAUUGGUCGCCUGAAGGAAGAAAUCACCCAGAGGCACGUGCAGCAGGUAGCUCUAGGUAUCUCAGAAAACACAACUGUGCCCUCAGCUCCAGACCCGAUGGAAGAGAAGCUGCGAUUACAGCUGGAGGAGGAAAAGAGAAGGUAUAAAACCAUGUUCACACGCCUGAAGGCCCUGAAGGUGGAGAUCGAGCACUUGCAGUUACUCAUGGACAAGGCCAAGGUGAAGCUGCAGAAAGAGUUUGAUGCCUGGUGGGCAGAGGAGGCCACCAGCCUGCAGGUAAACUCCCCACCAGUGAAUUCAUUCAGUCACAUGAAGCCCUUUCCCCAGACGCCAGAAUCCCAGCACGAGAGGUCCCAGCUUCUCUCUAACCAGAGUGAUGUGUAUACCAGGAAGAUCCUGCCCUCGCCUGGCCCACUCCUGCACAGCCAGGAGCAGAGCAGCACAGGCACCCACCUGGAAGACAGCAUCGCCAAGAGGCCAGUGUCAUCCGUCCCUCUGACUGGGGACAGCCAGACAGACUCUGAUAUCCUGGCAUUCAUCAAGGCCAGACAGAGCAUUCUGCAGAGGACAGGCUGCCAGUAAGCAUCCGCCCGCCGUGCAUUCCAGCAGCAAGAACUGAGUACAGACGAAGGCGCCUCCUCUCACUCACCCUGGCUUCAGAAGCGACCUGUGGGCCACUGGGAGCAGCUGGUGACUUUGAUGCCAGUGGAGGGCAAUAUGUUUCUCUAAAGAUGGUGUCUGGAGGCUGCCAGGGAGGCUGGGGCCGGGCUUAGAGUACCAUCCUCUCUGUGGCUGCUGGAGCUGUUGGCCAGGCAGGCCAGGCUGCUAGGGGUGGGACAAGGGCUUCAGCUGACUCUCGUGCUGUUUCACAUAGAUGACUAUAAACCUUUGAGAUUAUGAAAUAAUCUGUAGUGGCGGGGGAAGCUCGCAUGGGUAGAAUGAGGGGGGGAUAAUAAUGGGUUAUUUUUAGCUAUUUGCCAGCCCACUCCCUUGCCCCACCCCCUGGUUUAAAAGCCCAGGAAUGACUGGGGCAGGCCAGGCAGCAGGUCAGAGCCAAAGACAAGGCAGUGGAACGCUGGGCGUCAUGAUGGUCAGUCCCAGUCUCCCAGACCAGACCCUCCAGCACCACCUCAUGGACCGAUACCUGAAUUAGCUGCAUCUCCAGAGAGCCACCCACACUGCAGGGUCUCAGGGCUUGGCAGCACUCACAGAGCAGGGACAGAGAGCUGAGGGGGCAGUUGUGGGUGCCUCGGGCCUCACCCUCAGCCCCUUGGGGCUCUGGAGGAUGGGGGCUGAAACUCCCCACUCCCUUGGGGGGAAACACAGCUGAGGGGGGUCUUGUCUCACUGAGCCCUCUCAGUACCCCAGGCACACGCCAGUGGAGGGUGGGUAGCCCCCAGGAGGCCCUUGGGGCCCUGCCACCCGCCUCAGGGCGCUGGCAGCCAGGCUCCAAGCUGGAGGGCAGGGGCAUGGCACCUGGAAAUGAAGCUAACUGAAUAAAAGAGCUUGUCCACUGCUCCUGCUAUCUCUGUCCCAUUAAGUACAGGCCCUCACUGCCCUAGAGAGAGAGCAGAGACAGGAAACAGUGUAAUGCGCCUCGGCCUCCACCCCUUUUCAGGACUGGGUAUUAAGUCAUGUGGGAGAAGCGAGAUCAAUUCAUUUCAAAGCUAGACUCACUCAAAGAGCUCCUUUAACCCACACCCUCAUCUAUAUCAUUAGAAAACUGAUGCGAAGGGAGGACCUGGUUGUUAAUAUACAGCCAGUUAGUGGCAAAUGUCCCCUCCUCAGGGGGCUUUCCCUGAUCACCCCAACUAGAGUGGUCAUGGUCACUCUCUAUCCCAUCACUCUGUUCUAGCUUUUCUCAUCACUACCUGACAUAUCUUUCUUUAUUUGCUUAUUUUGUAAUGGCCUGCAAACUAGCCCCCCACCAAGACUAAAAGCCCCGUGACAACAGGGACCUGUCUGCCCUGCUCCUCACUGUGUCCCCAGCGUGAGUUGGUCCUCAGUUAAUGAAUGGCAGAGUCAGAACCUGGACUUCCUGUCUCUUAGGCUCCCGUAACUUCACUCUGGCUCUGUGUCUGAGGCCCGUGGGGCAUUCCGGCCCUCACAGCUCUGUGGCACACAAUCCUCAGGAAAUCCUAUAGAACCAGGGGGAGGCCAAAUAGCCUGAUUCUAGAAGCCUUCCCAAGGGUCCACGGAGCACACAGAUACACGCACUCCCAAGAACCCUGAUGGUGGUGUGAAAUCAGCCAGAGACCCCCCGAAGCAGCCUCAGCGUCCUAGCGCACCGCAGUGCUCCGGUGGUCUGGAGCUGGUUAAGGGUCCAUCGACUGCGGCUCUCCUACGGAGGAGUUAUCUCCCAGAUCCAAAGGCCUUGUUGACAGGGAUAUGUGGUGUGGCCCCAUGCAGGGUGCGAACAGCCUCCCGGAGAGAUCACUAAGGCGGGAGAGGAAGUGAGGAAGAGAAACAGACAGCUCCCAAAGUUAGCCUCACACGUGGACACGUGCUCCUCUACAGUGUGUCUUCCCCACAGCUCUUUGGCCCCUACCAGUGAGAGAAAUGGAUGAAAUGUUCUGAAAAGAUACUCAGCAAUCUACCUGGGCUCUGCCAUGAGGUCCAGAGUAUCUGAGUUCACUCCAGGCCAAAAGGUGGAGCUUUCCCAAAAAGUCUUCCAGAAAGCAGCCUGGCCAGUGACCCCAGCGCCGUCCCUACUAGAAUUCAGUCGGCUCCGCCGUUCGCGUGACAGGGAAGGGUUAGGAGAAGGGUAGUUCGGGAUGUGGCUUUCUCAGACCUUGAAAAGGGGAACUUGUAGAAACAGAGAAACUGUGGUAGCUUGAAUAACUAGUCUUAAUUCUUCACCCCCUGUGAUAGAAUUAUACGUCCAAAGUUUGCCAUGGGGGCAGAAUAUACUUCCUUACCCCUUAAAUUUGGGCUUGGCCCUGUGGCUUGCUUUGGUCAGUGGGAUGUUGGCAGAUAUGGGACAUCUUGAAAUGUGCUUGCACGGUUGGGCUUGCCUCUUGCAUCUGCUUGAGCAGAUAUUCCCUGGGCAGGUGCUGCCCCUUCAGCCCAUAUCCCAGAACAUACAGCAAGCAGACCUGAGCCCAGCCUGCAGCCUGGAGCCAAGCCCAGGAGACCUGGAGCAGAGUUUCCCCAUCAAGGCCAGGCCAGAUCAGCGGAGCCCCAGCUGACCCAAAGACCCACUCCCGUGUGAAUACAUGGUUUGUCAUCAUUAGCCACUGAGACUCGGGGUGGUUGGUUAUGAGGCAUUACUUGUAGCAAUAGCUAACUGUUACAGAGAUUUAAAUCCAGAGACAGUACAUGACUAGACCCAGCAUUCCUCAGUGUUCGUCCCAUCCCUCCAUGCUGCCUAUUGUAAGGCAGUAUAUGAAAAAGUGGGAUUGUCACUUAUGACCAUGAUAGAGCAACAGGGACCUGAUUUACCCUCCUGCUCUAAACAACUGAAGACUAGACACAUGGGUAAAAUAAUGGUUUUCAGACACUGGAGCAAAGGCAGGACAGGACAUUGAUCCCCAGGAGAAGAGAAACGAGUGAGCCCUGUAAUUGCCCGUGUGCAGGGCCAGCCGGCAGUCACGGCCAUAGCUUCCUGUCUGGAGCACCUGUGUGUCUCUACCUGAAGGUUCUCUGUGCCCCCAGGGGCUCUCAGCCUGUAUGCAGGGCCAGCCGGCAGGCACGGCCAUAGCUUCCUGUCCGUAGCAUCUAUGUGUCUUUACCUGAAGGUUCUCUGUGCCCCCAGGAGCUCUCAGCCCGUGUGCGGGGCAGGCCAGCAGCGCGGUUCACCUACCCUGGAGCAAUCCUCAACCCCUGAGGGACCGGAGUUGAUGGGUGAACACCUGCGCCUGCCCUGUGGGACAAGACUGAAGUGAGCCCUUCAGUGUCCCUGAGGGUCCCCGCAGGGUCAAGCCCCAGUUGCCCACAGUGGUCACCUGCUCAAUAGCCACCCUGUGUUGGCUGCCUUCCCCUCCACCUUGCUUCCCCACUUUCCUGGGAUCAGUUCCUGGCAUCACUUUCCAGGUGAAUUACACCCCAGUUUUGCCUCAGAAUCUGCUCUGCAGUAAAUCCAAUUUGGGCAAGGACUUCUACUUCAGAGUCACAGUGGGGGACUCUUGCAUCAAGCUCUCUGGGCUAGUGAAAAUGGGAGUCCCCUGCCCCAACUUCAACCAGAGCCCAACUCCCAACUGCGCUACAUACUAGGCCUCAGGGAAAGAUUUCACUGAGAAAGGAAUCCUGCUACUCCAAUAACCAGUGGAAAUUUCUAAACAAGAUCAAUAACAGGUGCCUGUGUUUGAUUGUCUGUUGGUCUUGAGUCUCUCCCUCCGAAUCACCCCUCAGCUUUCUCCACCCUCUCUGCUGGUCGCACAGUCGGGCUGGACCUCCCUCUCUGGCCAGGAGGGCAGACAAGGCCCCCCCACACCUGCACUACCCCACCUCCACACAGAAGACCGUCCCCCCCACUUCACCGCAGGGAGACCCACAGAGCUGUCAUCCUGGCCCCGUCUUCGUCCCUGCCUUUUAUCUGGGCUCAGUUAGGCGGCAGGAUCCUAAAACAGAGCUCCCUCUCUCCACCUGCCCUUCCGCUACGGGAGACGUACCGGGGGCAGGUGGGCCUUAUCUUCUCCCCUUAGUUCCAGGUCGGAACAUGUCCCUUUACGUUUGUGCGGGUGGGUGCCUACUGAGUGACUCUGUAAGUGGAUGCCGAUGUUGGACAGUGGGUGGGUGGCCUAUCCUCGCCCUCAUCUCCAGGCUCGUUCAGAUGGAAAGAGCCCAUGCCCAGCUGCUCUGUUUGCUCUCUAGUCUCUGCCCACUGUACACGGAAUCGAUUGGGGGGAGGGUUGUUUUUCUUCUUUUCCCUCCAAUCUCCUUAUUAGUUCAGCCUCAGAAGGUCCCUUAUCACUGCCGGAUGUCAGGCCACACUCUGCCAUCAGGCCUGGCCAUGUGAGACUCUCCAUUAAUUGAUUUUGCCCUCCCCUCUUGGGAAGCACAAAUUGGCUCUCCCCAUUAGCAGCAAUAAUUCCCUGGAAGGGAUUAUAAAUCAUGCCCCGUGUCCGUCCAUCACUCUCAGCGGAGUGGUGCCCACGUGGGGAGGUGUCAGGCGGGGAGAUGGAACAUCUGAUGGGCAGGGGAGGUCCCCAUGGUCCUGCAGGUUCCUUCCUAAACCUGACCAAGUGAGUCCACAGCCAACCGGGGGAGUAGCUAAAACAGGUCCCAGCACACAGAGGGCACGCAACUAGUGGGUACUGAGUGAGGGGAGGGAGAGGAAGGGAGCUUCCUCUGUGGUGCAGAGUGCUUUGAGGACCUCAAGCUGACCUCCCACCAAGUCUACCAUUGCAUUACCAUUCUUUGGCUCUGUGCCUUUGGGGGUGUCAGUAGUCCCCCAUUAAACUGGAAGAGCUCCUGGGAAAGAUUGUCUUCAACUCCAGUCAGGUGAUGCCUGGCCCAUCUGUGAGACGGGUGUGGGUGUGAGAGGAGGAGAGGAGAGCUGGCACCGGAGGCAAGCAGGGAGUACCGGCUACUGGGGAGGUGGCAGGGAGAGGAGGGGAAGCCAGCACAUAGCCGGUGCUCAGGAGAUGUCUGAGAAGGAGUAGGGUACUUGGCCCUCUGUGAGCCUGACACCCUUCCUGCCCAGGACCCCAGGGAGCGAGGGCUCCAAGGAUGGCUGCUCGACCCACCCCCCCAACAGAUUGCAGCCUUGCCUCUGCCCACUGAGUUCACUCCUCUCUCCUGCACAGAUCGGCCCUCCUCUGCCUUCCUUCCCUUCCACCUGAGGUCAAGCACAACUACCUGCGGACGGUGUCCAGACCCACCGAAGAUACUCAGGCUAAAGAGGUUGCAAGACCUGCCUGAGAUCCCCGGACAGCGGUG